GUGUGUGGAUAAACUCAAUCUGGGUCUCUGUUAAAAGAUUGAAAAGAACAAGUAUUGUUGGGAGAAAAAAAGCCAUGGAUGCUUCUUCUUGGGUGGAUACUUCAUUGGAUCUCAGUCUUUCUUCAGCUAGGCCCAUACGACUUGAAGAAACUCUGAAGAAGGAACCAAAUGACAACUUAAUUGUGUUUGGAAAGAAACUUUCCGUGAAAGAAGAGACUGGUGCUUUAGUGGACGAAUUGAACCGUGUAAAUGCAGAAAACAAGAAGCUAACAGAAACGUUAACAGCCAUGUGUGAGAAUUACAAUGCUUUGAAAAGUCAGGUGAUGGAUUUAAUGAGCAAAAGUCCAGAAAAAGAGAUUAGCCCUUCAAAGAAAAGAAAAUCUGGAAACAGCGACAACAAUGAUAAUAAUAAUUGUAACUUUGGCAUCAUUGGAAACUCAGAGAGCAGCUCAACUGAUGAAGAUGCAUGCAAGAAACCCAGAGAAGAAACUAUAAAGACCAAAGUCUCCAGAGUUUAUGUCAGGACUGAAUCAUCUGACACUGGCCUCAUUGUAAAGGAUGGAUAUCAAUGGAGGAAAUAUGGGCAGAAAGUCACCAGGGAUAAUCCUUCCCCGAGAGCUUACUUCAAGUGUUCUUUUGCUCCAAGUUGCCCUGUUAAAAAGAAGGUGCAAAGAAGUGCUGAUGAUCAAUCAGUUAUGGUUGCAACAUAUGAAGGUGAACACAACCAUCUUCCCCAUUCUCAAAUGGAGCCAACAUCCGGUCCAAGCCACUAUCCGAGCCAUGGUUCAUCCUCAUUGAACCCAUCUGGACCAACCAUGAGUCUAGGCCUCACUAAACCUAAGCCCAGUGGUGGUGGUGAAGCUAGGAACUGCAGUUCCAGUAAGCCAGAAAUGGAUUCACCACAAGUCAGACAAUAUUUGGUGGAACAGAUGGCAACUUCUUUGAGUAAAGACCCCAAUUUCACAUCAGCAUUGGCAGCAGCCAUUUCAGGAAGAAUGUUAUCAGCGAAGUCCAAUUGAGAAUAAAAAAUGAAUGGAAUGUCUCAAAAUAUAGGGC